AUGCCACGUCCUAAUAAAAGAAAACAGCAAAUAAGUGCAUUGCCCAGAAAUCAAGGUCGUUAUGAAUCACAAGAAGAAAAGUUACACGUAGAAAUAAUACCUGAAGAAAUAUCACCAAAAAUAGAAAUGAUACAAGAAAUAUUACAAGAAACCGCUACGAUGCAAGAAGAGAUUCCACCUACUGAUACUAUAGCACAAGCAUCAUCUCAAAUAGCUAAGUGUAACUUACCAUCUACUGAAAUCAGUGAGAAACUAGAAAUGCGUUUAAAAGAGGUUAAUCAACAAUGUGCAAUUGUAAAAUCUUCAAAGGCUAACGCAUCUAUAUAUAAUUAUUUGCGCCUUCUAAGUAUAAGUAGUAAAGGAGAUUAUACAGCAAAACAUAUCAGGAAAUGGGAAAAUCAUUAUGUAAAAACGGGAGAACUCCUUGUUGAUCAUUUUUCUAAUGAUUGUCAAGCUUGGUUACAUCAACAAAAACCCGAGUCCCGUUCCCCUGAAGCUUUGAAAAUAUAUAUCGAAGGGACGGUAUUUCCUCAAAUAGCAGAAAAUAUAAAAAAAAACUCUAUUUCUGAAAGAACAUGUCGAACCUAUAUGCAUCUGUGGGGGUUUAGGUACAAUGAAAAAAGGAAAGGAGUAUAUUACGAUGGACAUGAGCGACCGGAUGUAGUGAUUUAUAGAAGAGAAUGGUUGAAUAGAAUGUUCACAUAUAGAAAAUACAUGAAAACCUUUGAUGGUGAUAUAUUAGACAUCGUGUUGGAACCUAAACUCGGACCUGGAGAAAAAGAAAUAGUACAAGUAACUCACGAUAAAUGUCAUUUUUAUGCUAAUGAUGGACAAAGGAGAAUUUGGAUUGGAAAAAAUGAAGAUAUCCUAUGUCCAAAAGGUGAAGGGCGCUCUGUCAUGGUCUCAGCCUUCCUCUGCUCAUGCCAUGGAUUAUUACAACUAUCCGAUAAGCAGAUGAGGGCUAAUCUACACAUAAUGCAUAAAGAGGCAUUCAUUCUUUGCUCUAUACAGUUAGACGGAUACUGGAAAUCAGAACACAUGUUAGAGCAACUAGUGCAACAAGCAAUUCUAAUAUUCGAAGUGCUCCAUUCAGGCUGUAUUGGAGUUUUCUGCUUUGACCAAUCGACAAAUCAUAAUGCAAUAGCAGAAAACACAUUAGUCGCAACGAAAAUGAAUCUUGGUCCUGGAGGGGUACAACCUAUAAUGCGUGAUGGCUGGUACAUCAAUGAAAAUGGAGUGUGGACUAUACAGUCAAUGGUAUUUUCAGAUAAUUAUAAAGUAGAAGAGCUGAGAGGGAAACCGAAAGGAAUUAAAGAAAUAAUCAUGGAACCUUUAGAAGAAGCGGUUCUUGGAAAAGGGCAUAUCCUUGAACAAUAUCCUAAAUUCCAUUGCGAGUGCAAUUUCAUAGAAAGAUAUUGGGGAUACAUAAAGCGGGAGACAAGAAAAUUAUGCAAUUAUAAUUACACCGAUUUAUUACAACAAGUUCCAAAGGCCCUUGUCAACGUUCCUGUAACAACAAUUCGUAAAUUUGCCUGUAAAUCCUGGAGAUACAUGGACACCUAUGACAAAGGUUUGGAAGGCAGAGCAGCUAAGUGGGCUGUCACCAAAUACAAAUCUCAUCGUCGCCUACCUGUAACUAUAGAAAAACAAAUAGAUUCAGAUAAGGAGUAA